UGACAUUCAAAUUUGAAACUGUUGCCAAAGAAUAUUUGUUCAAUAAUUCAGUGAUUCGAAUAGAAAAAUCAAUGAAAUAGCCAUAUUUUGAGUAAAAAUAGUUAAGUAAAUGUAUCUACCUCUCCACAAUGGAUCUGAGAGGAAGUAUUUUGUCAGAGUAUCAAUCAGAAAGUUGGGGCUAUUUACAGUUUCACUGCCGUUGUUUGCAUUCAUAACUUGUGUUAUAAUAACAUUAUAUAAAGAUUUUGAAAAUGCGAACAAUACGCAUUGCAAAGUUCCGAAUGUCUUCCCAUCAAUAUCAGCUUCCAUAGGCAACUAUGAACCACAGCGCAGUAUAUGGAGAGUAGCCAUUUACAGCCAUGCUCCAUUUAGGUUCUUGAUUGUUUUUUUAAGAUGGAAAUAUUAUAGCAGUGUAAUAAGCCAAAAUUGUGCCUUUAUAGUGAAAUUAGCAGUAUUUUUAAACAUUCUAGAAAAUUUAUCAUUAAUAGGACUAACACAUUGGACCUCAUCAAAAAAUUAUCCAUUACAUGAAGCAUGCUUUAAAACCUUUAUUGGGAGUUCUAUAUUUUACAUGUUCUUCGCCUGCAUGAUGCUUACAAAGUACAGACGAAGAACCACACUGACACAUUUAGAAAUAUAUUCAGUAAAGUUAAAAUGGAGGUCCUUUUUUGUAAAUGUGGGUUCAUUUACAUUUGCCGCUUAUUUUUUCUUGAGGCACAACCGUUUGUGUGAACCCUAUGUUUAUUCAAUGUUUGGAUUCUCUGAAUAUGUUGUGGUUGUUAGCAACAUAAUAUUUCAUAUGACUACAGUGUAUGACUUCAAAAUGCAAUUCAUUUAUUUAACAAGAAAUGGAUUUACAAUUGAAUGACUGAGAAUUGUAAAUAUCUUUUACAUACAAGAUGAGCUUAAGACACAUGAUAUAAAUCAAAGACUUUCAAAUA